ACUAGCUCAGCCUUUACCGGAGAGAUCAGCCCGCGUGUCGCUAACAAGCCUGUCUCCGUCCCCGUGCCCCCGUCCGCGCGCUCCUCAGCCCUGCACCAUGGGGAAGCUGUGCAGUCGCGUGGCCAGGCUGCUGCAGGCAGCACGCGUGCUGACAUGCACUGCGUCUGUCUGAGUGAUCCGGUUCACCGGGACCGUGAUGAGCUGCUCGGCUCUCCGUGAAACCUCCCAGAACGGCCGUGGCGUCGCGAGCAGACCGAGGGCUGUGACACACCGUGCACGCGGCUCCCAGGUCACCCAGCUGGUACUCAGCAGCUGAAUGGUUCAGUACUCCUGAGGUCACCGCAACUAAAUACUCCCCCGCCACGAUGAAUUCAGUUAAAGGCGGGACGGUUACAUGGAAGCCACAGCCUUGGCGUGACGCUGAUAGCGGCGGUGGGGAACCCCUCUCCGACAGCGACUCAGAGGAAGAGGAUUUUCCAGACGACACUACUACUCCACUGGGAGAAUACGUCACUCUGGGUUUAAAGCAGCUCCUGGAUGCUCAGCAGUUGUGUGACGUCACUCUCGUUGUGGAGGGAAAGAGUUUUAUGUGCCACAGAGUUCUCCUGGCUGCAGUCAGUCCGUAUUUUCGUGCCAUGUUUACCAGCCCACUGGUAGAGUCACGGCUCACUGAGAUCCGUCUGGAGGAGGUGACUCCUUCGGUUAUGGAAGCAGUGAUCCAGUUUGUCUACACAGGGGAAGCAGGGCUCAGCCUUGACACGGCAGAGGACCUGUUUGUGGCAGCCAAUCGUCUUCAAGUAAUGCCCUUGCAGAAUCUUUGCUCCAGGUUCCUCUUUGAGCACUUGUCUGUGGAGAAUUGUUUAGGCAUGUACUCCCUGGCAAGGUCCCACCACGACCAGCUCCUGCUCAGGGCCUCGCUGAGGCUGGUGGCUCAGCACUUCCCACGGGUGGCACGUCAGCGGGACUUCCUGCUGCUGGAUGCGGGCACCCUGGGCAGCCUGCUGGAGUCGGAUCGGCUGGGCGUGGAGUCCGAGACGGAGGUAUAUGAUGCGGCACGCCGCUGGGCGGAGCAUCAGCCCGCCGUGCGCUACGCCCACAUGCCUGCCCUGCUACGCCACCUGCGCCCUGGUCUGCUGACUUCUGAAGAGAGCCGGCGGCUGAGCAAGGAGCUGGGGCCGAAAGCCAGCACAGAGGGCAUGGGCGGCCCGCUCAGGCCCCGCGAGGGCAUGCUGGAAAAGAAGAUCGUCUGCGUGGACCUCAAGCCCAGGGAAGACGAGGCCUUGCGAGAGAGUGACUACACGGUCGACUGCUUUGACCCACGCACAGGCAAGUGGGAGAAGCUGUCGGCGCUGGGCUCCUUGCUGUGCCCCGGCUGUACGGCUGUGGGCAGCCGGCUCUUUGUGGCGGGGGGCGUUCUACGGACAGGCCAGGUCUCGUCAUCGCUGCACGAGUACGACGUCGUGUUAGACCGGUGGAUCUCGCGGCCGUCGAUGGAGCAGCAGCGCGCUAUGUUUGGACUGUUGGGCUCUGGGGACGUCCUUUACGCACUGGGGGGCUGCAACCGGAUGGCGCUCCUUGACACUUGUGAGACCUUUGACCUCAGAACGCAGAGAUGGGCGCCAGGGCCUCGUCUUCCCCUGCCAUUGCGCUCUUUUGCCUGUGCUACCCUGCGGGGGCGGCUCUACCUGCUGGGAGGUGCCACGUUGGAGCAGAACAGGGCGGUGGUGCACGCUGGCGUGCUCAUCUACCACACUGUCACGAAGACCUGGAGCCGCGUGGCCAUGGACUCCGGCGCUACCUGCUUGGCUGGAGGUGUGGCAGUGAGGGGUGGAGUCUGUGCAGUAGGCGGGUACAUGCGUGAUGCAGCCAAGUUCCUGGAUGGCAACUACACCCAGCUGGAACCACUUGAUGCCACAGGACGCGUGCUCUUUUUCCGAGAGGGGCGGGGCUCGGGGGCGGACCGUGAGGUGGCAGCUGCCCCGGGAGGUGGUGGUAGCGACCGCGCUCCCAGCCCCGUGGUCUUUCCGGGACUUCCACGACGCAUCGCUGCAGGAGGGGUGGCGCGGUGGAAGCGGCGGAUCUACGUGCUGGGCGGGGAGAACGGCUCGAGGUUCUACGACAGUGUGUACUGCUGGAAGCCAGGCUGGCGCAGCUGGGUCCAGCGCCGCGAGAAGCUCCCAGGAGACACCGGGGGAGUCAGUCAGUUUGGCUGUACCACUUUAAAGUUUCCCAAAAAACACAUCCUAGCUCGCCUCAGGUCUGCGCUGGAGAAGCAGGGAAGGGAAAAGAGACUGAGCCGCAAAACGGACGAUGCUGCGCGAGACAGGCAGAGCAGAAGGGCCAAUCAGGAAGUGUGACUUCAUUUAAGGAACAAGUGUGGGAUUUGACACUUAGAUCUGUUCAUCAAUGUCUGUUGUCCUUUUUUGGCUUUUUCCAUCUCUUGUUCUCUUGCUGUCUUUUAGAACACAGCCUAAUGGCAGGAGCUGUGACCUUGUCUUCCCGUACAACAGUAGCACAUUACUCGUAGUGCUUGCUUAUGUCCACGUUGAUGACACAAUUUUACUGCUUUUUUUCUACUGACAUGUUUGGAUGCACUUUAUUGUUAAAGGUCAUCAGUUAGCUCUAAGUAUGAUUAUCGUUUCAUGUGAAGGCAGUGAUACAGACUUAAUAGGAAGAUGCAUUGUCGCCAAAUAACGAGUCAUUUUUAAACCGCAUUGCUGAACUACAAACUCCUACAUGUGAUGUCAGAAUGUGAACAUAAGCAGUUAAACAGGUGUUUGUGUUUAAAUCCCAAGCCUUUCUUUUCAAAUGAAACCGAUUGUUUAAAAAAGAAAGAAAGAAACUGGUUGAACCUCAAGUGAACUGUUUGUUGUUCAUACUUUGAUAUCUAAAUUAACAUUAUUAUUAUUAUUACUUUCUGUUCAUUUGUUUUAUUUAACCUUUACUGGGAGGUCCCACUAAGGUCAGUAGUAGUCAAACAAGACUUAGCAAAGACGUGAAAGCGCAACCAGCCCCAGACAUGCAGGUGCAGGGGACCAGGACCUGCUGCAAGUGUUGGAGCUUCUGACUUCAGUGGCAGCUCUAGGUGAGACCGCUUCAGCUCUACACGGGCAGCAUGACGGAGAGGGUGCAGAUUUUCUCUUACAAUCUGCAGUUAUAUCUUGCAUUCAGUUUGAAAGUUUAUCCUUUUACUGUAACAUUCUGAUGAGGACAUUAAAACUGUAAUGUCCAACAUGGUUGGGUUACAGUAGAGUACAUUUCUGGAGCCGUGUCAGACUUCUGCAUUUAGCAGCAGCCGCUAUUGGGCCCUUGUUCCGCUCCGAAAGUAAUGUAGGGAGCCAGUGCUAUUUCCACAUACGGUAAAUAGCAUACCCCAGUUUAACAUCACUAAUGUCUGGUUAAAAACUGCACCUUUUCAGUGACAGAACUGAUCUUACUCAGCACCAGUGCACAUGUUCUAACAGAACGAGAGGCUGAACCAGUCCGGCGUGUUCCAUGCUUCUCGCUUGGCAUAUGGCCCUUUGAUUUAUUAUACAUAAACAGGCAAUUAAAGGCAUAAUUUUCAUAUGUGAAAGUUUAAUUCAUGAACAUCUUGCACAUUCAUGUGUUUAAGAUCAUAAAGAUGUAAAUUUUGUCAUGGACAAAAGAAUAAGAACUUGAGUGAUCCAUUUGUGUCGUAAGCUAAACUCUUGAUACAAACUGUCAGAAAUGUACUGGUGAUGUCAUAGGACGAGCUGCUUGAACUGAUAUGCUGCUUUGCAUCACAAUAAAACAUCAUUUUGACUGUA